GUCACCGUCCGCUGACACCAGGGUUGUUUUGGAGGAAGUGAGAGAAGAAAAGAGAAAGAGAAACAGACAGUGCAGAAGAACAAGCAGACAGGCGACAGAAAACCCUUCAUAUUCACGUUCUACUACGGAAACACAAAACACAAGACAGUCGUGGUCGAAAAAAGCAGAAGGCACGAGAGAAAAGAAGCGAAGUGUAUCCUGCUAGCUAAGUAGCUAGCUACCGGUCCGCCGAGCAAGGCAAGAACAUUUUUAUUCACCAUUCCAGGCUAACGUUAGCUUUUCCAAAGUAACAGAAGAAAAUACAAUUGUGACAACGACUAAAAAUCAGAUAUUUGUUUAAUUCCAAAUAAACAUUUUACAAAACUGCUGGAAUUACGAGCUGUGGCAGAAUGACGUCCAGGAAGAAAGUGCUGCUGAAAGUCAUCAUUCUAGGAGACUCUGGAGUUGGGAAGACUUCUCUGAUGAACCAGUAUGUGAAUAAAAAAUUUAGUAAUCAGUACAAAGCUACAAUAGGAGCGGAUUUCCUGACGAAAGAAGUGAUGGUGGACGACAGACUUGUCACAAUGCAGAUCUGGGACACGGCAGGACAGGAGCGUUUCCAGUCUUUGGGAGUGGCGUUCUACCGUGGGGCAGAUUGCUGCGUGCUUGUUUUCGAUGUGACUGCGCCCAACACCUUCAAGACCCUGGACAGCUGGCGGGACGAGUUCCUGAUCCAAGCAAGCCCCCGCGACCCCGAGAACUUCCCUUUUGUGGUGCUAGGCAACAAGAUUGACCUGGAGAACAGGCAGGUGACGACCAAGCGAGCGCAAGCAUGGUGUCAAAGCAAGAACAACAUCCCGUACUUCGAGACCAGCGCCAAGGAGGCCAUCAACGUUGAGCAGGCCUUCCAGACCAUCGCACGCAACGCCCUGAAGCAGGAGACAGAGGUGGAGUUGUACAAUGAGUUCCCAGAGCCAAUCAAACUGGACCGAAAUGAGCGAGCCAAGCCGUCAGCGGAGACCUGCAGCUGCUGAAGUCCCCCAGGCGUCCCCUGCUGCUCUCUGUCAUCCUUUCUGGCCUUCUGAAAACUCCACAUCCCUUUUCCCCCCAACAUCACUGGCCUUCAGAAGUACUUCAUUGUGGUAGUAGAUAAGAGCAGGCUUCUUCCCGUAAAAUGUACCCCACAGACACGUGCUCUCACGCACGCAUAAGCACACGUAACCCAAGUACGUGCAUGCAGACUCAUCUUCGUAUCCGAAUUUAAAGCCUAAAGAGCACAGAGAAUGGAAUCAAAAUUAUUACAUUCUGAUUCCCUGCCCCCCAAGACACAUACAUACACGUGCCCCCUAACCUGUACACCCCCCCAUGCACUUCACCUGUUGGGGGCUUGGAUGGUACACUCUUAACUCAAAGUUUGGAAGGGUUGGUUGAGGUUGAUGAAUUGACAACAUAGUGCAAGUAGGUUAAAGUUUUAAGUCAUGGCAAUCACAGCACUUCAUCUGUAAAUUCAACUUGUUGUUCUGGGGAAAAAAAACAAAAAAACACUUGCACUUGUUUGUUUUAGAUGGCUCAAAAGUAAAAUUGCAAGCCAAUCAAAAUGAGUAUUCAUUGCUUUUACUUUGCACUUUGUUAUCUUACAGAUUUAUUUAUAAUCCUAUAAGAAAAAAAAAAGAAAAAAAACACUUUUGGGGAGCUAGAACUGAACUUCUUGGGCAGUGUUCAAAAGUCAAAUUCAGUGGUGUGCCUGCAGCUCAGCACUGCACUCUAGCAGCCUGGGUGAGAGCUGCAGCCAAGAUGACCCUUAUCGUUUCCUACCCUGAAACCUUCCUCCUGCAGCAGAGGGAAGCCAGUUUCCAGCGCACCAAAGUGUUCUCGCCUCUUCACGCUGUCAUUGUGCUGAAUAAACCAGGAACCGAAGGGAGGGAAGCCAAUCAAAUACAGAUUAAAUUGAGAAACGAUAACCAGUAGGGUGGGGGAUUAAACGGGAGAGCAAUGUUGUGAUUGUUUGUAGAAUUAUUAAUACUACUUACCACUACUACUAUUGCUAGUACUACUUUGUUGUCUUCUGUUUGUUCGCUCUCUGCCAUGGAGCACAACAGUAUGAUUACAGAUCUCUGUUCAUGUCCAUCUGUCUGCGUCGAAGGCCAACUGUACGUUUGUCCUUUCCCUUUCAUUACUUUCUCUGCUCUCUGUCUAUGCCUGUAGCUCAGGUUGGCAAAGAUUUUGUUCAUAAGUGCUUGGUAUUACUUUUAACCCAUCUGAUAAUCUUUUGCAAUCUGUUCAUGUGCUGUCAUGUUUAGAAGUUGAAUUGAAGUAUGGGGAAAACACAGAAAUUCUCAAUGUCAAAACAAAACCUGGGGGGAUGGGUAAAUCUUGUUAGGAUGCAUCAUGGUAUUAAAUGCACAGCCAAAUUACAUUGUGUAAAAAUGUAUUUGGGUUUCAAAGGAAUAAUGAGAAUUAAAAGAUUCUUGAAUAAAA